ACCCAAGAAGCGUCAUCUUCUUCACUUCUCGCAGCUUAACCCCCUCUCCUGACCUAUCUCAAAGCAAAGUCUAAAAAAAUAUCUCUGCCUUUAAUUCAUUCAAUAUCAAAGUCAUCAACGUGGACAUUUUCUUUUUCGGAUCCUUUCUUUGAAUUCUCUUCUAACUUGUAUCUACAUUUUCCUUCCCCCUUUAUAACCCAACGUCCUUAUUUCUCUCCAUUGCCAUUGUUAAGAAAAAAAAAAUCUUGGUUUCAGAACAUAAGCUCAUUUCUCAUCUGGGGUUUCCUCAUUUACUUCCUUUUCUCUAUAUUUGUUUGAUUACUUUCUUUAUGUGUUAAAUCCCAGUUGGCUUAGGAAAUUUUGACAUUUUCUCAUCUGGGUAUCCUCAUUUGCUCAGGAUUUCACUCAAAUUCUCAUCUAGCUACUCUCAUUUCCUGAAAAGUUUAAAGUGUUGUCCUUUUUCAAGCCAUGGAUAGGCCUGGGUUUGAUGACUCAACGGCAGUGGCAAUAACAGGGAAGAUCAUGGUCAUAGCCAUAAUAGUUCUCUUUUUAGUGGUGGUUUUUGUGCUUUUUCUCCAUCUGUAUGCGAAAUGGUUUUGGUGGCGCAUUGAAGAACCAACUCCUCCUCCUUAUCGUCGCAACCGACGCCGAUUUGUCUUUGCUCCAGGACAAGACACUGCUCAUCCUCAUCGUGCAACUAAAGGUCUUGAUUCUUCAAUUCUUGCUUCCCUUCCUGUGUUAAUGUUUCGUCAAGAAGAGUUCAAAGAAGGACUUGAAUGUGCGGUUUGCUUGUGUGAGCUUGUAGAAGGAGAAAAAGCUAGGAUGCUUCCUAAAUGCAAUCAUGGUUUCCAUGUUGAUUGUAUUGAUAUGUGGUUUCAAUCACACUCUACUUGUCCUCUUUGUAGAAAUCCUGUUGUUGGUGUUGAGUCUGGGAAUUCAAAUCCUGUUAUGUCAGGAGAUGAAGUUAAUGGUGGUCAUGUUCAGUCUCCAAAUGAUGGUUUGAUUUCCGGGUAUUCGACAGAUUCUCCUAGUUUUCCUACAAAUGUGUUGUUUUGGGGUAAUCACACGCAGGUUAGUAGCGGUGGUGCCUGUUUGGACGAGGGUGUAUCUGCUUCCGCUUCUGCUUCUGCUUCUGCUUCAUCUUCCUUGGCAUCUGGUAGUGGUAGGCAAGAAGGGAUGUUGGUGAUUGAUGUUCCCGUGAAUGUGAAUGAGAAUUUUCCGGAGGAAGAAUCAAAGUCUCCAAUGCCUACAAGAUUGAGGUCAUUGAAAAGGCUUUUAAGUAGAGAAAAAAGGAUGUCUCCUAGUAGUUCAGGAAGCAGUUCUAUUGAUGUUUGAGGUUUUUAAGUACACAGUCGAAUAUUAGGAGCUGAUUUUCCUGAAUAUCUAUUUGUCAUUAUCUAGCAGUAAUGGUUGGAGUGGAGAUGAUCAAAUUGGACUCUUACCAUCCUCGAGAAUUGUGGGUUCUCCUGGGAAACAACAAAUUUUGCUCAAUAAUAUAAGUUGGGCAUUUUGAAGCAUUGAGUCUCUUGUAGCAGAUGUUGGUAAUCCUUUUGCUGAAAAAGGUUUUGACAAAUGUUUGAAAUGGGUGAUGUCUUUGAAGAGUUUGGGCUUCUUUGCAUCACAGAGGCUGGAGGACCUGUCUUCUCCUACGAAAUAUCAAAUAUGUAUCGAAAAACAAUUUCUUCUUUAGCAGAAGAUUUGUUUCAAUCUGGAUUCAUCCAUUGUAAAGCUAUUAAUCCAAUCCCUCAAACUUUUUUGUUGCUUAAUGUGCCUUAAAAUUAAGUUACUAGUUCUGUAAGAUUUUUCAAAUGUGCAUAGAAUUGAACUGCAACAGUUUAAAAAAUGCAGGAAUAUCUAUCACUCAGUAAGUUUAGUUUGUAAACUUCAUUAGAGUUGAUGCAUUCAUUUACUUUGAGAUUAUUGUGACUCACUCCCAAUUACAUUUUUGCAUUAACUACAUAUACGGGUUUAGGCCUUUAACGGAUAUACAAUUCUUUAGGCACUGAUAAGUCUAAACCAAUGUCCUCAUUGAAGAAUCU